AUGAGACACACUUUCUUGCCGAUAUUGAUAUCUUUCUAUCGGAUCUCAAAAAUCGUGAAGUCCUCGGGGAGGCCCUUUGUGAAAGCCUAUGCUAAAAGGGUGAAACAAACACCAUCUGACAAAGGCUUUGAGAAGGCCCGAAAGCAUUUGAAGAGUAAUGGAUUAGUUGCGGUACCGUGUGACAAGGGCAUGGGUUUUUGUGUAAUGAGGAAGGACACCUACGAGAACAAGUUUUCGAAUACAUUAGACUCAAAUCAAUUCAGCGAAAGCAAAGGAACAAUUGAUGAGAUUGUUUUGAAAAUAGAAAGAGACAUCAAAAAGAAGUUGUUGAAAAUUGAGGGCGCAAACAUCGAAACCAACUCACUAGAUGCGAGAGAAAUCUUAGAGGGCACUAAUCUUGAGCUCAAUGAAAAUUUGAUAUCUCUAGAUGUCAAGAGUUUGUAUACAAAUGUUCCAGUGAAAGAAGCAAUAGACAUAGCUCUGAGAAAAUUGUAUGAGCAAGAUGAACCACCAUCAAUUGCUAGGAAACCCAUGAAGAGAAUGUUGAACAUGGCAGUUAGUCAAGUCCAUUUCAAGUGCAAUGAAACAUGGCACGUUCAGAAAGAUGGUUUGGCAAUGGGGGCAUCUCUUGCUGUUUAUUUAGCAAAUCUUUGGCUGAAGCAGUACUAA